AAAAGAACUUAAUCUUUUUUGUACAAACUCUUCUAUAAGAAGAAGUUAGGCCCUUAGGAAACCUUAGCUUCAUGAACAUAUUUUUUCUAGUAUAAGACUCUAAACGAAACUAAAUAUGGAAGCAUCAAAACCAAAUUACUUGUUACCAAUUAUAAGCAAGAUGUAUUGCUCAUCUUCACAAGUUGUGUUGGUGGUGAGGCAACGACCUCAAGCGGUGGGUGGUGGCGGGUUUGUGGUUACUGAUUGUAGCCAAAAGGUUGUGUUUCAAGUAGAUGGUUGUGGGAUCCUUGGAAAAAAAGGAGAGUUGAUUCUUCGCGAUGGUGAUGGUGAUAAUAUUCUUCUUAUUCGCCAAUUAAAAGGUGGAUUGGUUCAAGCAUUAAACAUAUACAAGAAAUGGAAAGGCUACUAUGAUUAUGAAGGGUUGGAAAAGUCGGUUUUCAGCAUAAAAGAACCUAAUAAAAACGCAUGCUUCCCAACAAACAAUCCAGUUAGAAUUUCAAUUGAGCCCAAGGUUAAUGGGCAAGUUAAAGACUGGAACUUUGAGAUCAAAGGUCAUUUUCCUGAUAAGAAUUGCAGCAUUGUGGACUCAAUGGGAAAUAUUAUAGCACAGGUUGGAGUUAAAGAAGAAAUAGAAAGGGUGAUGACAAGGAAAGAUCUAUACCAUGUGGUUGUGCAACCAGGAAUUGAUCAGGCCUUCGUUUUUGGAGUCAUUGCUGUUCUUGAUUACAUUUACCAUGAGUCUACUUGGUGCUAGCUACUACCUAUAUUCAUCUGCCAGAGCCAGGAUGACCAUCAUUACAUUUACGUUAUUUCUUCCGUUCCACUAAGAUUGUUUAGUACGGGAUGGGGCUAUUAUUUGUUUAUGUCAGGCUUUUAAUGUCUUAUAUCUCUUUUAUCCAACAAAGAUUUGGAGCAAA